AUAUCAUUAUGUAAACCUGCUAUUUGGUUUCAUAUCCGCGUCUUCCGCAUUCAUAAGCGCGCAUGUAACGCGAGCUUUUAGUUUAUCUUCAUACGUUAGCAGUUUAGCAGUGCGUUUGUGUCUGUGCACUCCGUGACACUUUAGCCAGAGGGGCCCAAACUUGGUCCUGGAGGGCCGGUGUCCAGUAGAGUUUAGCUCCAACUUGCCUCAACACACCUGCUGCCACGUGUGUAGUCAUGGAGACAGACGCGUCUCUCCUCGACGUUGAGCUUGAGCAGAAACAGCAAGAAGAGCUUUAUCAACAACUUCUGCUUCAGACCAUGGGAAAAGUGCAAAGCGAAAGUCCCCUCUCCAAAGUCAUCUGUCCACAACCAGGCAUGUGUGUGAAGACCUCCUCCGUGUCAGACAAAAAGAAGGUCUUUCUGAAUAUCUGUCAGUCCCAGGCGGUGCCGCCCCCUCCUCAUCUGUCCCAGCAAGCACUCGUGGAUCUCCUGGAGUCAGAAGACCCGACGAGUUACAGAGUGCCCAUGAGUCUCGGCGAGCCACAUACAGAAGUGGACAACAGCACACAAGGCUGUACUGUGUAUGAUGUCGUGAUCAACGAUGAGUUCUUCCAGAAAUGUCAGAAAGAUGGCCUUUUUCAGCAGUUUCUUAUCGCAGUGUCUUUGGAGGGACUGGAAAACAAAUACAACCUUGAGUUGAGCAGAGAUACUAAGGUUUUGAAGAACAGGAAAUUCAUGGGCUCUAUAGCAGAACAAAACAUUCGUACCAAGAGUAAGCCAAUCAUCCAGGAAAUUGACUCGAAGCAGUCUGACUCCUUUCCUUCAUCAGCCAAACGUCCAGAGUUCAGUUUAUUAGUGGAGCCCCCAACUGGAAAUGCGGAGCAUCUGAUCGCUGAGAUUCUUCUACCUGGAGUGAUAUCUGCUCGCGCUCUUGUUCUGGAUUUGGGAGAGGACAGACUAGUGCUGAAUGCUCGACUUUCUCUUUUCCACUUGGAUAUUUUCUUCCCCCUGCUUAUUGACCAAGAAAACAGUGCUGCCCAGUUCAACACAAAUACACAAGUGCUCACAGUGACCAUGCCAGUAGUGUCUUCAUAAAAACUGUUGCAAGGAUAUUGUUUCAUAAUAAACUUCAUUUAGUAUACAGAAA